AUGCCGACCAACGGGCUCCGCCGGACGCCCAGGUUCCAGCUGGGGCUGAUCAACGCGGAGCACCGCUACCUGACGGCGGAGAACUUCGGCUUCAAAGUCAACGCCUCGGCCCCCAGCCUGAAGCGCAAGCAGCUCUGGACCCUGGAGCAGGACGAGGCCCCGGGCCCGGCGGCGGCCGUCUUCCUCCGGAGCCACCUGGGCCGCUACCUGGGGGCGUCGGCGGACGGGCGGGUGUCCUGCGAGGCGGACAGGCCCGGCCCGGACCAGCGUUUCCUGGUGGCCGCCCAGCCCGACGGCCGCUGGGCCCUGCGCUCCGAGCCCCACGGCCGCUUCUUCGGCGGCUCGGAGGACCGGCUGUCCUGCUUCGCCCCGGCCGUCACGGCGGCCGAGCUCUGGACCGUCCACCUGGCCGCCCACCCUCAGGCCCACCUGCUGAGCGUCAGCCGCCGGCGCUACGUCCGGCUGGGCCCCCUGGGCGACGAGGUGACCGCCGACGGGGACGCCCCCUGGGGCGUCGGGGCCCUGCUGACCCUGGUCUUCCGGGACCCCCAGUACUGCCUCAGGACCUGCGACGGCCGCUACCUGAGGCAGGACGGGAGGCUGGUCCGGGAGGCCGAGCCCCGGGCCCGCUACACCCUGGAGCUCCGGGCCGGCCGGCUGGCCUUCAAGGACGGCGGCGGACGCUACCUCACGCCCACCGGGCCCGCCGGCGCCCUGAAGGCCGGCCGCGGAGCCAGGCCGGGCAAGGACCGGCUCUUCGUGCUCGAGGACAGCCCCCCCCAGGUGGUGUUCGUGGCCUCCAAUCGCCGAUACGUCUCCAUCCGCCAAGGCGUCAACGUCUCGGCGAAUCAGGACGAGGAGCUGGACCUGGAGACCUUCCAGAUGCAAAUCGACCCGGAGACCAAGAAGCGUAGCUUCCGUUCCGUCGCCGGGAACUACUGGACGCUGGUCGCCCACGGGGGCAUCCAGUCUACUGCCACACAACUAGCUGCCAAUACGAUGUUCGAGAUUGAGUGGAGGGGCCGGCGUGUGGCCCUCAAGGCCAGCAACGGACGCUACGUCUGCACGAAGAAGAACGGGCAGCUGGCGGCUGUCAGCGGCUCUAGCGGUGACCCGGUCUGCCCGGGGCCGGCGUGGAGGCCUACGUCUGGCCCUGGCCGGCCCCCCUCCCGCCCCAAUCGCCUGGGCCGCGGCUGUGCCGCAGGGGAGGACGAGGAGUUCACCAUGAAGGUGACCAACCGGCCGGUCCUGGUGCUGAGGGGCGGCGACGGCUUCGUCUGCCGACGCCGCGGCUCCAACCUGCUGGACGCCAACCGCUCCGUCUACGACGCCUUCCACAGCCUCUGCGCCGACGGGGCCUACCACAUCCGAGGCCAGGGCGGGCAGUUCUGGUACACGACCCCCGGCGGCGGCGUGUGCAGCGACGGCGAGCGGCCCGAGGAUUUCUUCUUCGAGUUCCCGGAGGCGGGCCGCAUGGCCAUCAAGGCCAAGAACGGCAGAUACCUGCGCGGGGCGCCCUCCGGAUCCCUGCGGGCCGACGGGGACUCCCUGGCCCGCUCCACCCUCUGGGAGUACUGAGCGCCCGCCGCCCGACACCCCCCGAGCGCCCCGCGCGCCGGGCGCGAAGAGGGCUCCCCGUCGGAGGCUCGGCUUGCCCCGGCUCCCUGCCGGGGCCCGGCCUCGUCCCUCUCGGGGGGCUCCCCGACACCGGCGGGAGGCUUGGGGAGGGGUCCUCUCUCCGGGGGUUCUCUCUCAGCCUCCCCCCCCCGCACCACCAUCGCCGUCCCAACGACCAGACUCGGGGGCGAAGGGCAAGCGGGGGGGGUCACGGCGGGGGCGAGGGGGCGGGAAGCCCAGCCCGGAGCCCACCGCCCCUCCGUUGGCCGCUCGGGCCCGGGGCAGGCCUUCGACGCCCAGCGUGUACGUGUGGGUUUGCGCGCGCGGGCACUGAGGUGAAUGCUCACUCGCUGCACGCGGCCCUCACUUCCCACGCGCCGUGCUGGCGUCGCACGGGUGUCAACACACACGAUGACACACGUGACUUCUCACGCGCCGUCCCCUGCACGCCGAUGGACCUCAGGCACACAGUCACACGAUCGCACACACUUCCGCGGACCCGUACUUCCGAGGACCUCGCUCGCGCACACGCGGAGACGAGGGCACAGAUGCCCGGCACACGCGGGCAGGCCCACUCAUCCCUUUCCCGCGCACACGUACUCGCCCGCCUCGUGUGCUCGUGCACCGGUCCCUCCGACCGCCCCCACACACGGUCUCCCACCCUCCCCGAGACCUCACACGGGCCCAGACGUAUCCAGGGCCCACACGCCUGCCAGAGCACACCCACACGAACGCGUGGAGACGCACAGACGCUCGCGGGAGGUGCGCGGGGGCCCUUUUCCGCAGGAUUCCGGGGAACGUCUGGCCCCGGGCCCGAAUCCCGGCUCCACCGCCUGUCUGCCGGGUGGCCGUGGGCGAGUCGCUCGGCUUCACCGGGCCUCAGUGAGCCAUCCGUAAAAUGGGGACCGAGUCCUCCUCCCUCGGACUUAGAAAGAGCAGCCUCUCCCAGCAGCGGCCCCAACCGGGUCCGGGCAGGCAGCGAGGUCUACAGGGCGCUGGCCCCCUCCUUCCCUCUCCCCUUCUUUCAUCCCUGUUUUUCCUCCCUCACCCCUUUCCUCCCUCCCCCU